GAGCAAAACUGAAUCAUGUUCCGGCUACUGACCUCCUGCUGGCCUCACAGUAAGGAAACUGAAGAGACACGAAGGAAUGUGACCCUCAUCAUCAUUGGAUUGGACAACUCAGGCAAAACUGUUCUUAUGGAGGCGAUCCGGAGACUGCUCCCCAGUAGGAUGGGCAGUUGUAUGCAAUCUGAACUGACCACACUCCUGCUGGAUGAUCAUGAAGUUUCCAUCUAUGAGCUGAAUGGAGAUACGAAGGGUCAAGAAAUCUGGCCCAACUACUACGCGCAAGCACACGGGCUUGUUUUUGUCCUGGAUUCCAGUGACUUCAGCCGCAUGCCAGAAGUGAAGGUCAUCCUAACACGCCUGUUGUCUGAUGAAAGAGUGGCAGGAAAACCCUUCCUUAUCCUGGCCAACAAGCAAGACAAGAAGGAUGCCCGCCUCCCUUGUGAUAUUAUUGAAUAUCUGCUGCUGGAAACACUAAUGAAUGAGAAAAAGUCCCCGUGCCGAGUGGAACCCUGUUCAGCCAUUAUAAACCUCCAAAGAAAGAACCAUCAGCCUGUAAUUGAAGGCCUGCGCUGGCUGAUAUCUGUUAUUGAGUAUAAACGUGAAGAGCUGCGUACUCGCCAACAGCCACCCCCAUCAAGCAUUCCAGCUUCCGGAAGUUUAGGCGAAAGAUGCUCAUCAGAAAGUUUUGCUACCCGGAUGGGAAUGGCCAAAGGAAAAAGACCACUUCAAAGACAAUCCUCAAUGGAACCGAGGCCUCUAAAGCCAAUCCUACAGAAAGAAGAUAUAAGAGUAAGAGCUAAAAAGAACAUAUCAGUUACAUUUGCUUUAGAAGAACCCAUGGAGGAAGGUGAAUGUUCUGGGGGAAAUGGAUCUCAGAACAUCACUGAGCAUCACUACAAUCAGCGUGCUAACUUGCAGUCCCAGGAUCCAUAUGCCAAGGACAAUCCUUUCGAAGAACCAAGGGCAAAAAAGAGAAUGGACACCUGGGACCCAGAGGAGAUAUUAGUGGACAAUCCCUGUGAAGAAGCCUUUGGAUCCUGUGACUUUUAACAGAGCACUGAAGAGACAAAUGGAGGGAAGUCAAAAGAAAUAUAUCCCUCCUUCAGUGAAUGGGUUUAUUUAGAGAACCAUCAGGAUUACUUAGCUUUUCAGUUUCUGUUUGCUAAUACCUCUACAGUCCCCCCUAAAACUCCACCUAAUCUAACAUAAUAUUCCUAAGAACCCCUAUUGUUCUUGUCCAUCGACAUUCUAGCCAUCAAAUGAAUCUUAUCCCCACGGAGAGGCUCAGGAACAGCAGGGGAGCAUCCAUUUGAGAAUGAAAACAACGUUGGCAAAGAAGAUCAGAGCCUUGACAUUUCUGUACCCAGAUGCUCCUGAUGAAGUUUGUGAACAUGUCAUGGGUGACCAACUGAAACUGAGGUUUAGAUGUACACAGUCAGUUUAGAAUUACAUCUUCCCCUCUAUGGUUAUUGGGUAUAAGGGGACUGGCAUAAACAAACAAUUUUUCUGCUGAGAA